AUGGACUCGCUAAGUUUCCUCUCGGGGUACUUGUACUGCGAUGGGGUUUGUCAGACACUAUUUGCCGUCUACAAGACACCCGACCCAAACAUUGACCUCACGUUCCGAGAAUCUGGUGUUAUCAUGAAGUACUUGAUGGAACGGUACGAUGUCUCUCGCAAAAUAAGUUUUGAGCCUGGCUCUAAAGCCCAACUGGCGCCUUCCGGCCAAGGUCUAUACUAUGGCCAGGCGUGCUGGUUUAAAAAGUUACAUCCUAAGUGGGUGCCCAGUGUGGUGCAGCGUUAUAUGAACGAGAUUAACCGUGUCUCGGGGUUGUAA